GCAAUGGCAGCAGCUGGGCUUCUGCCAGUGGCAAGACGCCAGGCUGCGGUGACCUUCGAGGACGUGGCCGUGCUCCUCUCCCAGGAGGAGUGGGACCGCCUGGGCCCUGCUCAGCGUGGCCUCUACCGAAAUGUGAUGAUGGAGACCUACGGGAAUGUGGUCUCUCUGGGACUCCCAGGAUCCAAGCCUGAGGUGAUCUCCCAGCUGGAGCGAGGGGAAGAGCCAUGGGUACUGGAUGAGCAGGAGACUGAGGGGAGAGAGCACCUGAGGAAUGGCCACUCAGACAACCUCAGCUGUGACCAUGCUAUAAUUUGCUUGUGCCAAGACUAUUUAUCCUGUGCCCAGGACUGUGAAACCAAGGAAGACAACCAAAAUAGGGAUGUGAAUCUGAAGCCAUUAAUUUCAGAGGAAAUAACAGUGACUCUGGGGAAAACUGCCACAGGGAGAAUUGAUCAAGAAUGCAAUGAAAUUGAAAGAAGCUCCUGUCUAAGUUCAAACCCCGUUGGCCAAAGGGAAGUUCAGGUCUUGAGCCAGAGCAUGCCCCUUAGUCAGCAUCCGGCGGUUUUUAAUGGCGAGAAACCCUACAAGUGCGUGGAAUGCGGGAAAUCAUUUGGUCGGAGCUCCCAUCUCCUUCAACAUCAGAGAAUCCACACUGGGGAGAAACCCUAUGUAUGCAAUAUAUGCGGGAAAGCCUUCAGCCAGAGCUCAGUCCUCAGUAAACACAAGAGAAUUCACACAGGAGAGAAACCCUAUGAGUGUAACGAAUGUGGGAAAGCCUUCAGAGUGAGCUCGGACCUUGCCCAGCAUCAUAAAAUACACACAGGAGAGAAGCCUCAUGAAUGUCUUGAAUGUCGGAAGUCUUUCACUCAGCUCUCACAUCUUAUCCAGCACCAGCGGAUCCACACAGGAGAAAGGCCAUAUGUGUGUCCAUUAUGUGGGAAAGCCUUCAACCACAGCACCGUGUUGCGGAGCCAUCAAAGGGUGCACACUGGCGAGAAGCCUCAUGAGUGCAGUGAAUGUGGAAAGACCUUCAGUGUGAAGAGGACACUCGUCCAGCAUCAGAGGAUCCACACUGGAGAGAAGCCUUACACAUGCAGUGAGUGUGGGAAGGCCUUCAGUGACCGCUCAGUCCUCAUUCAACAUCACAAUGUGCACACCGGAGAGAAGCCCUAUGAGUGCAGCGAGUGUGGGAAAACCUUCAGCCACCGAUCCACCUUGAUGAAUCAUGAGCGGAUCCACACUGAGGAGAAGCCCUACGAGUGCUAUGAGUGUGGGAAGGCCUUUGUUCAGCACUCACACCUGAUUCAGCACCAGAGGAUUCACACCGGGGAGAAACCCUAUGUGUGCAGUGAGUGCGGACAUGCCUUCAGUGCACGCAGAUCUCUAAUUCAACAUGAGAGAAUCCACACGGGCGAGAAGCCCUUUGAGUGCGUGGAAUGUGGCAAAGCCUUCAGCCUGAAAGCAACUCUGAUCGUGCACCUGAGGACCCACACGGGCGAGAAGCCCUAUGAGUGCAAUAGCUGUGGGAAGGCCUUCAGCCAGUACUCUGUGCUCAUCCAGCACCAGAGGAUCCACACAGGUGAGAAGCCCUAUGAGUGUGGGGAGUGUGGGCGUGCCUUCAAUCAGCAUGGGCAUCUGAUCCAGCACCAGAAAAUCAUCCACACGGGAGCCAAGCCCUUCCAGUGCACAGAGUGCGGGAAGGCCUUCAAGCAGAGCUCGAUCCUGCUGCGGCACCAGCUGAUCCACACUGAGGAGAAGCCCUACCAGUGCAGUGAGUGCGGGAAGGCAUUCCGGCAGAGCGCGCAGCUGCUCGCCCACCACCGGGUCCACGCCAGGGAGAGGCCUUACGAGUGUGGCGCGUGCGGGAAGGCCUUCAGCCGCAGCUCGCGGCUCCUGCAGCACCAAAAGUUCCACACAGGGGAGAAAGCCUAUGAGUGUGGCGAGUGCGGCAAGGCCUUCUGCCGCCGCUUCACGCUUAUCGAGCACUCCCGUAUCCACAGUGGUGAGAAGCCCUACGAGUGCCCCGUGUGCCAGAAGCCUUUUAAGCACAACUCCCUGCUCCUGCUCCACCAGAGGCUCCACACAGGCGAGAAACCAUUUGCUUGUAAGGAGUGCGGCAAGGCCUUCAGCCGCAAGUCCAACCUCACUCUGCACCAGAAAAUCCACACCAAGGAGAAGCCCUUUGAGUGCACAGAGUGUGGCAAGGCCUUCCGCCGAAGUUACACCCUCAGUGAGCACUACCGUCUGCACAGUGGCGAGAAGCCGUACUGGUGCCGGGACUGCGGGAAAGCCUGCAGCCGGCUGUCUGCCCUCAUCCAGCACGAGAAGACACAUGGCCGACAGCGUGCCCUGGAGAGCGGCCAGUGCAGGCGGGUGCCCCGCUGGGCUCCUCGCUGACAAGACAGCAGCAGAGACCCUACCUAGGAGGGCCCACCCUACCUGAUAAUCUGAGAAGCUGGAUUAUAUGAUCAAGAACGGUAUC